AUGGACCCGGGGGAUUCCUCGGUCCAUUCCGGGAAGAAUCUGUCUUCUCGGGGAGAAAAUCAAUCCGCCAAUCACUGGGCGGUGAGAACGAUCGUGAAGAAAGGCGAGGAUCGAUUCCUGGUGUGCGAAGAUUUGCGAGCGCUUUUCUUGGACGAUACGAAAGAGUUGUUAGUGUUGCCGAUGCCAAAACCAGGCGCGAUUACGGCGACGUUUACGGUGUUCGAUGGGCACGUGGAUAAUUCCGCGAGCAGUUUUUGCGAACAGAGGUGGUUGGAACACUUGAAGUUAGCGGUGGAGAAACAGACGAAGUUCAAGAACGAUUUGAGCGUCCACGGGAGCACAAGAGGGAAGGAGAGAGCGACACACCAGAGAGUGAUGCAUACGAGCGACGAGAAUAAUGCGGAGAUCAUUCACGAUUUGGAAUCCGUGGUGUCCGAAGCGGUGAGCUCGAUGGAGGCGGCGUAUAAGGAGAGCAAUUCAGGAGGCGCCGGCGGAUGUUUCGGAGGAUGUUUUGGAAAUCCGCAAGGGAGGUUUCCCAAAGGAGGAUCGACGAUGUGUUCGGUUUUAGUGCAAAGAGGCGUGACGGACGACGAGGAAGAUGUGAAGAGCGCGUCGUUUUAUAUCGUAUGCGCGAAUGUAGGGGAUAGCUCGUGCUUAAUGCUGCCGCACCCGGACGAUAAGGAAGAAGAUUUCUCGGAAGGGAAUGAUACUAAGUACCAAAGAUUAGCACGAGAACACUCGCCGGAUGAUCCUUUAGAAGCGCAACGAUUGGUUUCGGCUGGGUAUAGACUCGCACGAAUGUCGAAUAACAGAAGCGGGAAAGAGGCGGGGCCGUUGCGGAUGUACCCCGGGGGAAUCGCGGUUUCGCGAGCAAUCGGCAAUUUCAUGCGCAAAGACGCGAUUAUUAGCGAGCCCGAGUGCACGAGAGUGAAAUUACCUCGAAACGGCGCGAGGAUUUUAGUCGCCUCGGACGGUGUCUUUGCCGCGCUGAACGAUUCUGAAAUAUCCAAAAUCUGUUCCAAACAUAAACAAGCGAGCGAGUGCGUGGACGCGGUGGUGGAUAGAGUUCUCGAAAAAAGAGGACGACACGACGAUAUUACCUUGAUUGUUUGCGACGUACCGAAACCGGAAGAGUAUUUAAAGGCGUUCAGAAUGAACGUCGGCACGAGCGAUACGUUAAAAGUCUACACGAGAGUGUGCUCGCCAAAAGGUUUGAAGGGGAGCAGUAAGAGCGGGCGAGAGCAAGAAGACCAGAUUCCAGAGUUUGUCGAAGGCGAUAUUACCGUUCACGAAGGCGGCGUCUUUGACGAGCAGUACGAAAAAACUAUUUUCGACGAUUACGAGUUUGGCGAUUUACUCGGAAGAGGCGUGUACGGAUCCGUUCGAUUAGCCAGAGCGAAAAUAAACGAUACGGGAGAAGCUUUUGCGAUAAAAUCCGUGGUCAACUCUGUGGAUUACGCGCACCAAAUCCGAAACGAAAUUGAAACCUUGCGCGUGUUGUCCGGGAAACACCCGAACUUGCCGACAUUAAUAGCAGUAUACGAGGAUAAAUCGAGAAAACUUUUCGGUGGUGGCAUCAUAUAUCUCGUCACGGACGUUUGUCAGGGCUCCUCGUUGUUCGAUGCGAUUUCGAAACGUAAGAUCUUCGACGAACGCGAUUGGCGACUGGUCGCCACGCAGUUACUCAGCGCGGUGUCGUUCAUGCACUCCUUAGGAGUCGUACACAGAGACAUCAAACCAGAUAACAUCAUGUGUAAACAUGAAUGGACGAUUGAUUCGGAACCGCACUUGCAGAUCAUCGACUUCGGCUCGGCUUCGUUUUGUAAGAAGAACGAAAAGCUUCGCGGGUACCACGGUACGAAAUUCUUCACCAGUCCGGAAAUGUGCAACAGAGGAUUGUACGACGAAAAGACCGAUAAUUGGGCGGUUGGCGUUGUUAUGAUUGUUUUAUUAACGGGUUACCCGGAAGGCGUGCAAGUGCAAGAAACGUGGCAGAAGUUGUUGCGAGGCAUUUUACCGGAAUCUUUAAUCGAAACCGCGCCGAGCGAGAAGUUUAUCGAGUUGAUCAAAAUGUGUUUGACGAUUGAUUACGAGAAACGACCGAGUUGCGCGGCGAUAUUGAAAGCGUGCGAGAAUUGGUUACACGAUGCCGACGAUAAGAGAAAGAAAAAGACGAGCAAGAGUAGCAAUAGCAACAACAACAACAACAACAACAAGGCGUUGUUGAUUUCCAAAUCAGUAUUAGCCGUGGAGUAUGAAAAGCAUGUCGCCAAUCUUCUCUCCGUGUGCGCGUCCGCGAAGGUUGUGUCUAAAAUUUUGAGCGUCGUCAACGUCAUACAGAAAACGAGAAGUCAACGAGAAAGAGAUUGUGUUGAUGAUAGCGAUACGGACACGUCCUUAUUGUACGACGCGUACGUAUUAGCUGAAGAUUUAGAAGACGCCGCGCGACGGUCCAACGCGAGCGAUGUCGCCAUGCAAUUAGAAAGCUUGCGUCAUCUCCACGGCUCUUCGGCGCUGACGAUUGAUUUGGAAAAGUUGAAAGAGCUCGAAUCGUUACACAGAAGACACGACCACUUGUACAAAGCCAUCAAAGCGUCUGCAUCCAGUGAAACGAAAGUGUCUGAGUUCACGCAAAUGCGUGAAAAUAGAGACGUCGUUCAAAGCACCGUCCACGGGGAAAUGUUGUACGCCAUGUUAUACGCCAAGAAUAACGUUUCAAACGACAACUCCAUGCGCGGGAACGAUACCUCAGUGCGUGGGUCAUCCGAAAAGAGCGACUGGGUGCAAGAACCGUUGCACGAAGAAGUUCGGAUGAAGAGGAGAAGCAGCUAUUUAGAACUCGAUCAUUGA